GGCGUCGCCUUUUUUUCCUCGGAAGUCUUGUCAGGUUGUAGUUAGCAUCGUUAGCUUGUGGCGUUGACAGUUAAAAUGCUACACUGAAUUCAACCCAAAGGCAGCUAAUAAUCUUCGGAUUAUUUAAUAGAGUAUAACAGAUCUUUCAGUCAAAGAAAGAUCGUUGUUGAUAGAAGCAGGAUGGACCCUGCACUGCUGCGAGAACGUGAACUCUUUAAGAAGAGAGCUCUGUCCACUCCGGCAGUAGAGAAGAGACCAGCAUCCUCUGAAGCUUCUGGAUCCAAGAAAAAGAAGAGCAAACCAGACAGAGAAUCUUCUUCAGGAUCUAAAAACAACGCAGACUCCAGUAAUGGAUCCUUUAAUCUCAAAGCUCUUUCUGGAAGCUCGGGCUACAAAUUCGGGGUCCUGGCACGGAUCGUCAACUACAUGAAGACGAGGCAUCAGAGAGGAGACACUCAUCCCCUAAGCUUGGAGGAGAUUUUAGAUGAGACCAAGCUCUUGGACAUUGGGUUGAAGCAGAAGCAAUGGCUCAUGACUGAGGCCUUGGCUAGCAACCCCAAGAUAGACGUGCGUGACGGGAAAUACGCCUUUAAACCUAAAUACCAUCUAAAGGACAAGAAAGCGCUGCUCAGAUUGCUGGACAAGCACGAUCAGCAGGGGUUAGGAGGAGUGCUGCUGGACGAUGUGGAGGAGGGGCUGCCCAAUGCUGCCAAGGCCAUCAAAGCUCUUGGAGAUCAGAUCAUAUUCGUGUCCAGACCCGACAAGAAAAAGAUUCUCUUCUACAACGACAAACACUGUCACUUCGAAGUAGAUGAAGAAUUCCAGAAGCUGUGGCGCAGCGUUCCGGUGGAUUCCAUAGAUGACGACAAGAUUGAAGAGUACCUGAAGAGACAGGGCAUCUCGUCCAUGCAGGACACGGGGCCAAAGAAAUCUACGCCAGUCCAAAAGAGGAAGAAACCGGCAACGCAGAAGAGGAGACGGUUCAAGACUCACAACGAUCAUCUGAACGGUGUUUUGGAAGACUACACUGACGGAGUCCCCGCUAAGAAGUGACACGUGCUCACUCGCGUGCGUCCCACACUGGCUGGGACAAAGACUCGGCAAGCGAAGCUCGACAUCUGUGUGUAUCGACACGAUCUCAUUUGCCAAAACCACAUGGAGACUAACAGGAAAUUCGAAUGUGAAUAAUGCGACUGUAUAUAUUUUCUUUUUUGUGCCAGCGCUUUAACAAGUAUGUUG